AUGUCCUGCCCACCUCCGAAUGAAUUUCAGAUUGGCUGGGUUUGCGCUCUUGCAGUCGAGGCCGCUGCGGCCAAAGAGAUGCUUGACGAAAGAUUUGAGAAUCUAGAUGAUCAAGAUGCUACAGAUCCCAACGCAUACAUCUUAGGCAAAAUUGGCAAGCAUAACAUUGCCAUUGCAUGUCUACCAGCAGGUCAGUAUGGGACUUCUUCAGCGGCGACGGUUGCGAAACACACGACACGCACUUUUUCCAAUUCACUGCGGGUUGGGUCAAUGGUCGGAGUGGGAGGUGGCAUCCCGUCCUCUGAAAAUGACAUUCGCCUCGGCGAUGUUGUUAUCAGCUGUCCGGUUGGCACUUAUGGGGGAGUAGUUCAAUACGACAUGGGCAAGCAUGUUGCUUGUGGUGCAUUUUCCAAGACUGGGUCUCUUAAUAGCCCGCCCCGGUCGCUAUUGACAGCUAUCAACCGUCUCAGGGCCGACGAGCUCACGGAUGAUCCUCAAUUUUUCGACUACAUCCAAUCUGCCAGAGAAAGGACAAUUCGCACAGAGAAGUUGUUUACUCACCCCGACCCCAAGAGUGAUCGACUUUCCAAAUCUGAGCAUGAUCAUCCUGCCAAUGAAAGCACUUGCGAUGCUUGUUCAUCUGAGUGGGAAGUGAAACGCGAAGCUUGGGAUGAUCAUCUUCCCCGCUCUCAUUAUGGCCUGAUUGCAUCUGGUAACUCAGUGAUCAAAGAUGGAAGAUCCCGCGAGAGACUGGGUUCUGAAAUCGGCGCGCUGUGCUUUGAGAUGGAAGCUGCAGGUUUGAUGUUGGAUUUUCCGUGUAUCAUCAUCCGGGGCAUCUGCGAUUACUCCGAUUCGCACGAGAACAAGCAAUGGCAAGGAUAUGCUGCAUUGGUAGCGGCGUCUUAUGCGAAAGAGUUGUUGGGGAAUUUGCCUCGCCACCAAGUGACUCAAUAG